CUUGGCCGAGACGCUCCACUAACAUCCCAACACCAACACAGUCAACAGCCCCGCGAGCUAUCCCGAGCUUGAUUGAGCUUCAGGACGACUGCGCACAGCAGCCAAGCCUCGCACCAUGCUGCUCGAUCCGCCGACAUACCUGGCAUCGCUGCAAAGCAACAUCCGCCAGCGGCCAAUUCCGUGGGAUGGCGCCGUGCGCGCAGGCACGCUGACCGAAGACCAGCUCGCCCGCAUCCGCGCCGUCGACAAGGUCAAGCGCGAUGUCCGCAUACAGACCGUCGAGGCCGACCUGGACGGCUACCGCACGCUGUUUGUAGGGGAGUCCGGGAAGACGAAGAGCGUGCUGGAAUCGGCCGCCAAGCGUCAGGACGUUGUGCAGUACCUUCUGGUGCUUCUGAGCGACCUGCUCAACAGCAUUCCCGCACUAGCCAAAGCUAUCCUCCGAACCGACGACCCCUACCGGCAUUUCCUGCCUCUCCUCGCCCGCUCGUCCAACACCGAAGACCCCGUCCCGCUCCUCACGUCCACUGUGCUCGUCAGUCUCAUGGCCGGUUCCAGAGACGAGUCGCCGACCACGGUGGACCAGGCCAUGCCCGUCAUCUUCAGCUACCUCUCCUCCCUGACCAGGAACGCGGACGCGGGGCUGCAGGAUAUCGGCGUGCAAGAGUACUCGUCCCUCCUCUACGGCCGCGCGCCGAGACGCCGGUUCUGGAAGCAGAGGAGCGAAACGGUCACGCCCCUGAUUGAUAUCCUCCGGGCCGCGGCUGGGGUUGGUAACAGCGACGCUUCGGCCAGCCUGUGGAGCGGUACCACCGGUGCGGCUCGCAGCGGCUUCGAGGGGUCUCUGGGUGGCGGUGUCGGCCUGCAGCUGCUCUACAGGGUGCUGCUGGUGAUGUGGCAGCUCAGUUUUGAGGCUGCCAACAUUGGGGAUGACCUGAACGAUGAAUACGACAUCGUUCUUCUCUACACACAGCUCCUCCGGCUCUCGCCGAAGGAGAAGACCACCCGCCUCCUCGUCGCCACCCUUUUCAACCUCCUGGUGCACAAUCAGAACACGCUCCUCCCCACCGCGGUCCUCGCCCGGCUGCCCGCGCUGUUGCAGAACCUCCAGACCCGGCAAUUCGCCGACCCCGACCUCCGAGAAGACCUGGACAAGCUCCGGGAGCUCCUGGACGAAUACACCAAGACGAAGACCACGUUCGACGAGUACGUGGGCGAGAUCAACUCGGGCCACCUGCGCUGGUCGCCGCCGCACCGCAACACGGUCUUCUGGGCCGAGAACGCGCGCAGGAUCCUCGAACACGAGAACGGCGAGCUCGUGCGCAAGCUGGCCGACAUCAUGAGGAAGCCGUGGGACAACGACAAGGCGGUCCUCGCCAUCGCCUGCAACGACAUCGGCUGCCUCGUGCGCGAGGUGCCCGAGAAGAGGGGCCAGCUGGAGCGGCUGGGUCUGAAGACGAGGGUCAUGGAGCUCAUGGGCGAGGCCGACGAGAACGUCCGGUGGGAGAGCCUGCGGGCGCUGGGCGGGUGGCUGCAGUACAGCUUUGAUACGAAGUGAGACCGUCUCUUUUGCUUUUGUUUUUAUUACAUGUUCCGCCACCGGCUGGGGGGGGGGGGGGGUUUGUCUGUUUUUUUUUUUGUUCUUUGUGUGGUU